CCCUGUGCCAGACUGACAGCCACCCGCCACUGCCGCCCCGAGAGCGCCUGCCUGACAGCCAAGGAAAGGAAGGGAAGCCCACACAAGGAGGAGACCAUGUCCGAGACGGCCCCCGAAGCCCCCGCGGCCGCUGCCCCCGCAGCCAAGGCGCCGGCCAAGAAAGCCAAGAAGCCCGCCGCCGCCAAGCCGCGCAAAGCGGCCGGGCCCAGCGUCACCGAGCUGCUCACCAAGGCGGUGGCCGCCUCCAAGGAGCGCAACGGCGUGUCCCUGGCGGCGCUCAAGAAGGCCCUGGCGGCGGCCGGCUACGACGUCGAGAAGAACAACAGCCGCAUCAAGCUGGGCCUCAAGAGCCUGGUGGGCAAAGGCACCCUGGUCCAGACCAAGGGCACGGGCGCCUCGGGGUCCUUCAAGCUCAACAAGAAGCAGCAGCACGAGAGCAAAGACAAGGUGCUCAAGAAGAAGCCCGCCAUCAAGACCAAGAAGCCUGCGGCUAAGAAGCCUGCCGGCGCCGCCAAGAAGCCCAAGAAACCCGCACCCAAGAAGAGCCCCAAGAAGGCCGUCAAGAAAUCCGCCGCGGGAGCCAAGAAGGCGGCCAAGAUCCCCAAGAAGGCCAAGCCCGCCAAGCCCAAAAGGGCCGUUAAAAGCCCCGCCAAAACCAAGGCGGUGAAGGCAAAGGCGAAGGCCGCCAAGCCCAAGACUCCCAAGGCGAAAGUGGCCAAGCCCAAGAAGGCAGCUGCUAAGAAGAAGUGAAGCGGCUUCCGUGACUUCCGAUCCCAAAGGCUCUUUUAAGAGCCACCCACUUUUUCCUUGAAAAGAGCUGACCUCAUUUGAGUCCAAGCACUAGUAUCGUGCUUAAGUCAACCCCCUUUUUAAUAGGGAACACUUCGGCACGUCUUGAAGUGCCUCCUUGAAAUCCUUCCACAACGACCUCUGGGAAGGUCGUAGCGCCUUCCAAAGUCUCGAGUGUCUUCUGGGCUGCGACUUUUUUUAACAUUGAAGCGAAAGUGAGUGACCGGGGAAUCUUUCCUGUGGCUCUUUAUGUCUUGCGAUCAACAGUAGCAACUGACUUCCCUAAACGUAGGUGGGAACCCUUGUGCCUCAAAUGUUGGGCAGGGAAUGUGCAAAUAAAAUACUUGGGUGAAUUUUAGUAGUUCCGUAUUCGCCCGCAAAAGCAGAGCGAGAGCGCUGCCCUUCGUUCUUGCCGCGACUACUAUUGCCCGGAUAUUCCUCCCCAAUUUAUGCGCAAUCUUUUUAAAUAUAUACCCUCACGACAGUGGAGGACGGUGGAGAGAAUGUCCAGAGAACGACUAGAAUGAAUGCAGAUGUGCAGAACUAUUUGCAAUCUUUGCAAUUCUUUAAAAUUGCCGAUUGGUUGAGAAAGCUAUGAUUCAUUAAAAAAAAUAACCCGGGCUCCAUAAGGAUUGGGUGGUGACUUCAUUUCUAACCAAUCAGGCCUAACGUAGGCACUGCGCAUUUUGAUGAUCUAAUUGCAAUGUUGUCCCCCCCCCCCCCUCAAAUGUUUUAUUACGAUGUAACGAAAGGAUACGACAGUAAUCGGUGUUGCUGAUAUAGUGUAACCCAAUUUUCGGGAUAGAUCAUGAGACAAUGUUAUCCAUGCAUGAAUCUA